AUAUAAAGAAUUUAUGAUUAGGGUUGUUCUCUCCCAGAGAUACAACAACACAACUCUCAGCAGCUAUGAUUCUCAAGGAGUUGAGGGAAUUGAAGCUUAUGGUCUAGACAAGUUGAUCCAAUUUGCUGCAUCUCAGCUUAGUGACCAACUUCCUGAGUCUAGGGAAGCUGCCCGUGCUCUUUUAUUGGAACUGCAAAGUGUCUAUGAGAAGAUAACAACAACAGUGACUGAAGAUCAAGAAGCAAUUUCUUGGGAGCAAUUUUGCCAAUCAAAGCUCUCACCCUUGAACGCUCAAGCUAUCCUUCGAGUGACCAAUGUUCCUAGGGAGGGUCUUGUGCAGGGAUCCUAACAAAUUACAAG